AUGUUGGUGAUAAUGUUUAGAUUCAAUACAGGUAAAUGUAGUGAUGAUUCGCCAAGUAUUGAAUUACAACUUGCCAAUAAAUAUAGUAAAGUUAUUUUAUCAACAACUUCAGCAACAACUAAAGGAACUACAACAGGUCCAGAUGGAAAUUAUCAAUUCAAAGAUGUUCCACCAAGUGAAUAUUGUAUUGAGGCAAAAAUUCCAGAUCAUCAGAUUCGCCAUUCUCUCAAACUUCAGAUGGCUCAAUUAUUAAAUCAUGUUUCAGGACACUUGAUAACCAAAGCCUUAGUUUAUUACCAUUCUAGGGAAUCGGAACUAUGUUGGGAUUGA